GUCUAGUCGUAGUGACAUGAGGUCAUGAGGUCUUUGUCCCCUAACCUCAGUCCAGCAGAACACGUGUGUCACUUUGCAAAUAUCUGAUCGUUGAAUAAUGUCUUGUCUACUAAGUUUCAAGGACUUUAUUUACUAGCAAAAAACAAAGCUUCUGCCCGUCAUUGCUCCAUGUAGUUCCGAAGGAGAGUUCUUAAAUGGAUUUCUUCUGGAACGCCAUAUCAUAAGGGGAUGAUUCUAUACACUGUUCUAAACUGACCGACUGGCAUUUCGGAACAAAACAAGAUGGUGUUUCGUGCUCAUCGUAACAUUCGUGAUGAGUAAAAUUUUCAUGGAGAGACACGGGUACACCUUCAUCAGCAACCUGGGCGAAGGCGUGUUUGGCAAGGUUGUGAGUGCCUAUUCAACCAAGCUGAGGAAAAGGGUUGCCAUCAAGAUUAUAGACAGAAAAAAGUUUACUUCCGUUGCCUUGGAAACGUUUCUGCGUCGGGAAAUGGAGAUUAUUAAGCCUUUGAACCACCCCAACAUUGUCAGGACUCUUGAUAUCUUCAAAUGGCACACGAGCAAGGUCUAUGUGGUGAUGGAUUUAUGUGUGAAAGGAGACCUCCUAAAGCAUAUCAACGCAGAGGGGGCCCUACCUGAAGAUUCAGCCUGUAGGCUUUUCACACAGCUGUGCAAUGCGGUCCAAUAUCUUCACAAGAGUGACGUGGCUCACAGAGACCUUAAAUGUGAAAACAUGCUGCUGGACACACAUUUCAACCUCAGAGUGUGUGACUUUGGGUUCAGCAAGAAGCUUACUUAUGCAGAUGGGCGUAUGAUACUGAGUAAAACCUUCUGUGGCACCUCCUCGUAUGCAGCACCUGAGAUUCUGAGAAGUUUACCAUACAACCCCAAAGUGUCUGAUGUGUGGAGCAUGGGUGUCAUACUGUUUAUGAUGCUCUUUGCUUCAAUGCCCUUUGACGACACCAGCAUUAGGAGGAUGUCGAGAAUGCAAAUUCAGCAUGAAAUCAACUUCCCCACCAUUAGGUCUGUUUCAUCUGACGCAAAGGACCUCAUCCAUAGGAUUCUGCACCCUGUUGUGGAGGACCGAAUUACAAUCAGCAACAUUGAACAGAGUUCCUGGAUGUUGCAGGACAUGAGGUUGGAGGACAAUGAGGUGGCCACCACAUCAAACGCCAGCACUGAAAAGGAAGGACGUCCAGACGAAAAGGGCAAAGAGGAAGAGAAACUUUCAAAAGCCAACGGAGAACCGUUGGACGGACCGUCGCCUGCUGCCGCAAGACACUGACAUGACAUUGAAAAUCAGUGGCUGACUAAACUUGAAAUAAAUACAUGCACUAGCACUGUUUUUGUGUUUUUAAAGCAACUGGCAGUGAAGACUGUUAUUAUCCUCAGACUUUAUAGCUUAAUGAUUUAAAUUCAUAAAAAUGCUUUUUGUUUCUGCUCGUCCCUGUGGGUUGAUGUUUCCGCAACACUGAAAAGUAUUUUAUAGUGACUUUUUGACGUGUAUCUUGUUAUUUUUUGUGACAUACAAAGACAACAUUUUUGAUGUACUAUGACGCAAUAACUU